AUGGCUUCUAAUGGUAAUAUUAAUAACUACGGAAACCUAGAUGACGCUUUUGAAACUUAUAUUGAUAUGGAUUUCUUGAGAAAUAAUACAGCGCAGGAAGAUGAUGAAACCAACAACAAGAACGGCGACAUGUCCACUUCUGAUCUUUUCCAAUAUUUUUUUGAAGGCAAACUUGUAAAAGACGAAUCAAAUGAAGCUUCUUCCUCCAUGGUCUAUCAACCUUCUCUUAUCCCAGAAGACUAUAAUUUGAUUUCAAAUCCUCUUGUUAUGAAUGAUCAAGUUACUUCUGUACCAACCAUCGACAACAUAAACUUACUAACUCAACCUCAACCAAUAACUUCUAAUACUUCAGUUGAGACUUCAGUUUCAAUUUUGAAUGCACAAUUGGCAGAAUUAUUAUCAAAAUUGCAAGCAAUUAAACAAGAAGAUGUGUCAGAUAGAAAAUUAUCUAAUACGACGACAACAAUAACUGCUACCGCUCCACCUAAUAAUGAAGAUGAUAGUAUUAACGCUGGUGCAUCACACAAAGCUACUUCACAAUCUGCCACAAACACUACACCAAAUACACCAUCAAAAAGCGCUAGCAAUGAUAGUCAAACCCAAAUCAAUGACGACGAUAAAUUAGAUAUUAAAAAAUUGUCAUCAAAAGAACGUCGACAAUUACGCAAUAAGAUUUCUGCUAGAAAUUUUCGUGUUAGAAGAAAAGAACAACAACAAGAGGAAAUAAACAUUCUUAAACAAGCUCUGUUACAUUUACAAGAAGAGAAUACACAAUUGAAACAAGAAGUAGAAGACUUGCGUAAAUCUAAUCAAUCCAAUAAAUCGUAUAUAACAUCACCACUUUCACCUCCACAUAAUCCUACUACAUUAUCAUCAGCAGAUUUCAAUAACAUGAAUGUAACAGCGCCUAAAUUUACAAAUAUCAACAACAUUAACAAUGGUAACGGCAACUUACAAAAAAGUAAAUCAUCACCAUCAAUUACAAAUACUCAUCAACCAGCUUCACCAACUUCUCGUUACUUGGUAAUUCCAAAUGUUAAUAAAGACGCAUCUCCCACAUCUUCAUCUUCAUCAUCAAAUACGACAAAACAAAAAAUUUGGCAAGAUUCUCGUGUCAGAGUACAAACCACAUUUGUUCCUGAAUUUAAUUUCAAUAAACAUUUGUUUGAAGAAAAAGUGGGUUUUUCAUAUUCAAAUCUUUACGAAGCAAUUGUUACUACACCUAAACAACAAAUGAUUUCUGCUCUAUUUCGAAAUCCUGUUGCUUUACCUGAACUUCUUCCUCCUUUAAAAAAUGAAAAGGAUGAUAAUGAUGGUAUUCAUGUUCAACAAACGAUUAAUAAUGAACAACAAGUGAUGGUAGAAGAAGAAGAAGAGCUAUUAAAUAAUAACAUAAUGGUAGAAUCAAUUAAAGAAGCAUCGGUUCUUGAUUGGUUAUAUGAUUCAAUGGUGCAACAAGUAAUUGAGCAAAGUCAAAUUGAAGCUAGAAUUAUGGAGCUUAGUAGUGAUUGGGUUGGCGAUGAUUUGGAUGAUAAUGUGUUGCCAUUGUUAUUUUAG